AAAAUGCCCAUUCUCUUCAGUAAACAACGUGCACAACCACAAACACCCCAAUCUACGUCUUCAGGAUUUAGACAUGGUCCCCCAAGUACAACAUCUUUUGGCUCUGGACAUUCUCAGCAGUCACCAAGGGCGAGGCAUAAUUUGAGGCCAACGGCCUCAAGCAGUUCGAUAGGUGUGAUUAGACGACUCUCAGUUGCGCACACGGGACUUCGCCGGAGGGCCAGCCAAAGGGCCAGAAAAUCCAUUCAGAGAUUGAGAGGGAGAGGUGAUACUGUGAGACGUUUUUUGAGGGACCCAAAAUUAAUUGGCCAAAUAGCAAAAGACAUCUAUCAAAAAUGGCACAUAAAGCACUUGAUACCCUUAUUUUUUGUAUUGGUUUAUAUGAUAAUUGGUGCAUUUCUCUUUUUAUGGCUAGAGGAAGCUGCAGAAAAAGAACGGAUUGCAAAAAGAAAUUUGGAAUAUGAAAAAGAAAGGCGCCUUUUUAUUAAAAGAAUGGAAGAAAUUCUGUUGGAUAGAAGUUCUCGUGGAGAUAUACUAAAAAGGAGGGAACAAGUCGAAGAGGCAGUUGAUCACUUAAGGAUAACACUUUCGAUAGAUCCGUUGCCUAGAUUGCCUGAAUGGUCUUUUACUAAUUCUAUGUAUUUUGCUGGUACAAUAUUCACAACAAUAGGAUAUGGAGAUAUUGCUUGUGAAACAUUUUAUGGUCGUCUAGCAACAGUGAUCUACGCUAUUUUUGGCAUUCCAUUAAUGUUAAUUACUCUAAAUGAACUGGGCAAAUUUCUCUACAAAUCAAUCAACGAAUUAUUUGCAAUGUUUAAUAAAAUAUGGGCAAAAUUACGGAAACGUUUGGGAUUAAAAACUAAAGGAAAAGAUGAAGCAAUGAAUAAUGAUGUGGAAAAGGGGUUGAGGAAUGGGGAUAAUGGCAGGCAACAAAUUCAAUUUAAAUCAAGCGAGGAACAGGCAAAAGCCGUUAGCUUUCAUCUAAAUGCUGAGGGUGAAGAAGAAAAAUCUACAACAGACGAUCUUUCCCUAAAAAUGGAAGUGAAUGAAAGUGACAAUAAUUGUGAAGAUAAUACUGGACAAAAAUUUUCUUUGCCAACAUUAAAAGAAGAGAAUACAUUAACAGAAAGUGAGGAGAUGGUAAAGGAAGUAAAAGACGGGAGUGAAGUAGAUGAGGAUGAAGGUGGGGGUGCUAGUGUAGAUUGGGAAGAUGAAGAGGAAGAAAGGCAGGAAGAAGUAACUGAAGCACCAAGAAUGCCUGUAAUUGUGGCAGUUACUUGCACUUUUGCUUGGAUAUUUUUGUGUGCUGGAUUAUUUAGAUUAUGGGAGCAUCAAUGGACAUACGGAGACUCUCUCUAUUUUAUGUUCAUUUCUUUGUUAACGGUUGGCCUAGGAGAUGUUAAUGUUCAAAGAAGAGAUUUGAUGGUCCUCUGCUUCAUUUUCGUCAUUAUCGGCCUCUCCCUAGUUUCAAUGUGUAUAAAUGUCAUUCAAAACUCCUUGGAAGACCUCUACCGAAAAUUAUUACUAAAAAUCCUGUCAGAUUAUCAAGCAGCUUUAACAAAAGAUGGAAGUCAUAAAACUGCCUCGAUGGGUGUAAUAAAGACUUUAAGCCUUAACAAAACGGCAAAAUAUUUAAUGCCAAUGUUGAGUGAUACAACAAAACGUUCUGUGAUGCAGAAAGUGCAGGAAGAGGCUAGAGAGACGGGAAUGGAAAUUCCUCCAAUUUUUGAACAUUUUGAGGAAAUUAACCAAAUAAUUAACAAAAAAGAGUUGGCAAAUGAUGAAGAAAUACAAUCAACAAUUGUUGAUCAAAUAUUGAGGCCAAAUUUACAGAGUGCACAUUCCAGUUUGUUAUGCGGAAGAUCUGCGAGUUUUACUUCGAGGGAUAGAAAUACACAAACAGAAAUAAAGAAAAAAAUGGGUGUUGAAAAGGAACAGCAAACAGAAAGGUGUGGGUCAACGGAUGAAGGAAUACAAACAUGUAGUAUCGAACAACGUGAUGCAGAAUCUAUGACUACACCAAGUACAAGCAUGAGUGUUGACAUCCAAACCGACAGUGUUUUAUGUGUCGAUGAAGAUGUCCAAACAUUUGAACUGCUUGAACUUGCUGAUCAGGAAGUUCAAACAGAUGAGAAACCAACGAAAAAUCAAAGGAUACAAACACCUCUGCCUGUUCUAGUUGAUGCAGAGGCACAAAGUGAAGAGAUAAACAAAGACUUGGAAAAAAUUCAUGGUUCAAGACUUCAUGCGGCUAGAAGAAGAUUGCGCCAAGCAUUUCACCGUUCAAAAGCUAGAGGAAUUGAAGAUCCAACAAUGCUGGGAUGGCAAGAAUUUGAUGAAAAUAAUUCAUCAGAUGAAGGCUCUUUAGAUUGGGACCCUAUUGAUGGAAUGCAUGCAGAAAAGCAGGUAAAAUUCGAUAAGGUUUUGAAGUUCACAGUGUUACCUACCAGGGAACGCGCCGACGGAAAAUCAAAUUCUCGAUUUUCGAGAAUCGUGAAUUCCCGAAAAUUUCGAAUUCACGAUUUUCGUGAAUCGGGUCGGCGUUACCUACUCGAUUACUCCUCCCAAGGAAUUGUUUUUUUAAUAAUCCCUAGGAUUGGGGAAUUUUAUUCGGCUGUGGGGAAUUGAGUUAAUAAUGAAAUAUUGAGAGUUAAGAAAAGGAAGGUAUGAGGGGAAGGAGGAUUAGGAAUAUACUUGGAUUUUUUUAUCCAAUGAAUCAUAAAAUAAAAAAAUCCUAUUGUAGAAGC